AUGGCGGACGUCCGGUCAAAGAACCUGUACGAGCUUCUCGGCAACGAUCCCGAGCUUGACUCCGACAGGGAACCCGAGCCUCCUACCAAGGCCAUUGACAAGCCUGCUCAGCGUCACGGCAAGCGUGAUGCUCCCAAGGAAGCCCCAGCAGCUCCCCCUGCCGCCCCCCGAGGUGGUGCCCGUGGCGGCCGUGGACGCGAAGGCGGCAACGACGGUGCCUUCCGUGACCGUAAUGCCGGAAGCUACAACAACCGCAACCGCCCUGUUGAUGAAGUGAAGGAAGGUGGACGCCGUGGUUACCGAGGACGCGACGACCGUGGUGGUCGUGCCCGUACUGACCGUCACCCACCUCGCAACGCUCACACUGACUCCGAGAAGCAAAUCGAGCAAGGCUGGGGCGCUAAGAAGGGUGAUGCCGAGUGGAACGACGAGAAGGCCGGUGAAGCCAUCGCCAAGGCUGAAGAGGCCGAAGCUCAGGCUCCUGUCGAAGGCGGCGAGGCUGCCGCCGCCGAGGAAGCCGACAAGGCCAAGUCCUAUGCCGACUAUCUCGCUGAGCUGGCUGCUAAGAACCGCGGCGAACUUGGUGUGAAGGAAGCUCGUGCCCCCAACGAAGGCAGCAAGGACAAGAAAUGGCAAAACGCCAAGGAACUCAAACGCGAUGGCCAGGAGGAGAACUACAUCAAGCCCCAGGAAGAGAAGGGCAAGCGCGAGCGACAGCGCAAGGAGAAGAACAUCCUCGAAGUCGACAUGCGCUUCGUCGAGCAGCCCCGUGGCCGUGGCAAUGGUCCCCGAGGAAGCAGUGGUCGUGGCCGUGGUGGACGCGGUGGACGUGGUGACGGCCCUCGCCGUGAGGGCGGUCGUGGCGGCGCCGCUGCUGGCCCUACUGUCCAGGUCGACGAGAAGAACUUCCCCAGCUUGGGCGGUAAAUAA